GUCACUCGUAUCCAGGAAGUGGAAUAUGCGCUGAAUGCACGACAGACUUCCAGUUACCAGAGUAUUAGUAAUUGAUAACCAGUUCUUCAUGAUCAGUCACUGAAAACCUCACACAUAAGUGAUGGACUGGGACGAAGGAGACGGAUGCCACUCCCAUGGUCAUAUGGGUGACAGUUGCCAUGGACACGGCGGUGGCCACGGUCAUGGAGGUCCUGGAUUCGGUGGUUUCAUGCCCAGCUUCCAUGGCCCGCUCGUCCCCGGACCUCUUGAUCCAACACAGCAGCCGAGGACGUUCUCACACCCUGAGGACAGCAGUUCCUGGGAUAUCAUCAAGGCAACACAGUAUGGUACUCUUGAGAGGUGUAAAGAGCUUAUAGAGGCUGGUUAUGAUGUCAGACAACCUGAUAAAGAGAAUGUUACGCUGCUCCACUGGGCUGCCAUCAAUAAUCGAGCAGAUAUUGUCAAAUACUAUAUAUCUAAAGGUGCUGUCAUAGACCAACUAGGUGGUGACCUUAAGUCUACACCACUCCAUUGGGCCAUACGACAAGGACAUUUGUCCAUGGUCAUUCAGCUCAUGCGUUAUGGAGCUGACCCAUCAUUAGCAGAUGCAGAGGGGUAUCGUGGGCUCCAUCUGGCUGUGCUCUUCCAGCAUAUGCCCAUCACUGCUUACCUAAUGGCUAAAGGACAGGAAGUGGAUUCACCAGACAUAAAUGGACAGACUACAUUGAUGUUGGCAGCACAGAAAAUCAUUGGAUCUGAGCCCACAAACUUCCUGCUGAAGUGCAACGCUUCAGUGAAUGCUGUUGAUAAAGUGAACAGAAACUCUCCUCUACACUGUGCUGUGCUGGCCGGCAACGUAGAUGCUGCAAAAAUCCUGUUGGAUGCUGGAGCCAGUGUGGACUUGGAGAAUGCCAAUGGUCACACUCCCAUCGACCUUGCACACCAGGUGCACAGCCCUCUGCUCAUUCACAUGCUCAACGCAGUGAAGACAGAAAGAGUCAAAGCCAACUCUGCAUGUCGGAAAGUGCUUAAUAAAUACAAGGUCUAUCUACAGUGUGUGUUUAGUGUUGUUGUGGUCGGGGCCAUCGGUGCCAUAUUGGACAUGAGGACGGAGUCUUGGUUACUAAAGGGAGUUUUACUCGCUUGCAUUAUAGCCGUGAUCAACAUCACUAUAAGGCAGUUGGCGACUGUGGCAGUACGGUCCUUGAUUCCCUCGACAGGUCUCAUGGCCUCUGUCUUCUGGAUGGUGGUCACCUGGGGCUUGUGGUUUCUGCCUGAUGACCCCAGUGCUACAGUCCAGAUACUCUUUACAGUGAACAUCACCGCUCUGCUGUAUUACUACCUGCGCUCCUGCAGGACAGACCCUGGCAUCGUCAGAGCAACCGAGGAGGAGAAGAAAAAGAAUAUUAUGGUUCUGGCAGAGGCGGGCUGUUUGGAUCCCAGAAUAUUUUGUACUUCUUGUAUGAUGAGGAAGCCAAUGAGAGCCAGUCAUUGCUUUACCUGUAAUGCCUGUGUCGCUAAACAGGAUCACCACUCCAUUUGGAUCAAUGGCUGCAUCGGGGCCAGAAAUCACCCGUUCUUUGUGCUGUUCCUUGUGACUCUGAACUUCCUCUGCAUCUGGAUGUUCUACGGCAGUAUCAUGUACUGGUCGAAACACUGCCCGCUACACUAUGCUGAGGAGGGCGGAUGGGGGGCGUUAACCACUCUGACGGGAUGUUCUCCCUGGGUGCUCUACAUUUUCUGCUUUGCUUUCUUGAACAUCUCCUGGGCCUCCAUACUUCUUGUGUUACAGCUCUACCAGAUUGCUUUUCUGGGUCUGACGACAGCCGAGAGAGUGAACCUGACGUUUAGACAGAGGAAGCUCCCUCAAUCCUUCUCCCUCAGACAAAACCCGUUCAAUCUAGGAGUGGUGAAGAACCUGGUGAACUUUUUCCAGUGUCGAUGCUGUGGUCUGUGUAAGCCAGUGGUGCUGGACUGGACUCAGCAGUAUCCUAUGGGUCUCAGCAGAGAACAUCCCAUGUUCAGCGGUCCGAAUGCUGUUUGACCCUCACCGUCCGGUCACCCACUCUGGGAGAGCACACUUCUCCUUCAGGACACUUUGACCCAGCCAUAGAGCCAUCGGCGUGAUUUUAAUGCCUUUUUAAAUGAGGGAAAUGAAGAUUCGACUGAUCACCUGUUCUUUUUGCAAGAGCAUCAACCUUUUAUAUUCGUCUAAAAUAUAGUGUGUGUAUAUAUAUAUAUGUAAUGUAUAUUGCGCUAAUGAAGGUUAGAUUUUGCCUUACAACUUUUAAGUUAUACAAGAGGAUGAAUACAUGUUUAUAUGUAUACUGACAUAUUUUGAAUUGAAAAUGUUUGUAUGGCCAUUUUUUCUUUUUUAAUAUGUGAAUUUGUUGAUAUAAAAACUGUACUAGAAAAAGUGCUGAAUUACAAAAUUGAAUUAGCUGAAAAGCAUAUUUCCUUGACAUGUUUUGAGAAACGUACAUCUCUUUGCUACAGGAUUAAUCAAGAUAUAUUUGAAAUGACAUUAAACUUUAAUGAUCAGAUGUAUCUCCACACUGCAGAGCUACCAAAACGUUGAUGCCAUUUGUCAAGACACAGCUGUAUGGAACCAUUUGAAUAAUUUCAUAAAAACAAUAAUUUCUUAGCUAUUUGUAUAAUGAUAGCCUACCAUAUCUAUGCUGAGCAAUCAGUAAGAUUUUCAAUAGCAAUUUUGAUAUUAUUAUAAUUUUACCACUUUAUAGUACAUGACCUUGUAUGAUAACAUCUAUGUUAAGGCAAUUCUUAAUACCAUUCCUCAUCCUUUCUUUUAUUACUUAAUAUUUCAUCAUAAGGGAAAUGUUCUGAGAUAUGGAAUAAAUCAAGCUUUUUUUUGGUAUUUAAGCUGGUCAGAUUCAUUGGGUAUUGUAUCGCCCAUUUUUGUUUUGCAGAGGCCAAAAGUGACCUCAAACAUUACCAUAUUAAUGAAUACUAUGGGUAAAAAAGGUUUUCUUUUCAAAGUGCCUUGCAAUACAUUUUGUGCACACAAAUAUAUAUACAUAAAUACUUAAAACUGAAAGAUGUGUUUUAGCGUCUGGGUGAGUAUAAAAUCCUUCAGGGUCUUCCUUAGAAAC